GGAAUCAUUGGAGAAUCUCAUGGUGCUGCAAACACUAGAAAAGGUCCUUUUCCAGCUCAAGGAAAAUACCAGAUAUCUUGAAGCGCUCAGAGCUGACAUCCAUGAUAUGAAGAAUUUGAUGACAAGUGAAUCUAACCCCAGCCUUAUGACAAGCCUCCCAGGACCUGCUUCUACUUUUGAAGAAUUACACCAGCUUCUGGAUUCACCUGGAAUUAUUGAUGUGCUGUCACAGUGUGAGACACCUAUUCUCCGGGAGACUAUUCGUUCCAUGUUGAAGCGAAUAAUGGGCAAGAACCUGGCUUCUCAGUUUUCUCUGACUGGAUUGGGAAAGGGAAGGAGUAGGACAAAAGCAUCCUUCAAAGCUCAUAAAGCCUUUCACACUAUUAUGGUUGCCCUGAAACGCUGUCCCAACGUCAUGAAAGUCAAGGAGCUUGAAAUCUCCAAAGAAGUGCAAAUAAUAUUGAGAGGUGUGUGUGAUUGGUAUGGGGGGAGGAAAGAAAGGAGUGGAGCAAAACAGCAGUUCAUGAGUCUUCUUUAUUAUGCAUGGAUGCGUAACUGGCUACCCAAAAAAGAGACUGGAGAAGUAAUGAUGAGAGAGGCACUUCAGGGAUGCGGAGAAGAGACAGAUACCUCAGUUUCCUCCAUUGUGCCAUAAAAACCACCCUUUCAAUGUGCCACUGAUUUGCAAUUGUGCAAUAAAUUACUUGAAAC